CAACACACCCGUGCAAUUGAAAAACGCCACUCACUUUUCCAGUCAAAAUUUUUCACUACCUUAUGUUAUUCCCCUAGAAAGGUACGUGAUGCUGAUUGCUGAACAUAAUCUAAUCAGCCCCAGUUAGCUGAUUACCUCCACUAUAAAUACUGACGCGAAUGAUCUCUCAGUCACAGCACCAGCUACAGGUAUUCAGGUCAAAGAGCCAACCAAAAAAACCAAGGACAAGUCAAACCGUCCACCCGCUUCAAACCAAGGACGAACGCCAGCAUGGUCGCGGCCUCAGGUGAGUUGAGGCGCGUGUUCGCCUCGUUCGACCAGGACGGCGACGGCAAGAUCUCCGCCGCGGAGCUGCGGCUCUGCAUGAAGGCGGCGACCGGCGAGGACAUGUCGGCCGAGGACGUGCGGGCGCUGAUGGCGUCGGCGGACGCGGACGGCGACGGGCUGCUGGACGAGGAGGAGUUCGUGAGGCUGGCGGGAGAGGUGGUGGAGGCCGACGCCGACGACGACGAGGAGGAGGAGGAGAGGCGACGGUGGCUGAGGGAGGCGUUCGGGAUGUACGAGAUGGAGGGGAGAGGGUGCAUCACGGCGCUGAGCCUGAAGCUGAUGCUGGGCAAGCUGGGCGCGCACCGCGACAUCGCCGACUGCCAGGCCAUGAUCUGCAGGUUCGACCUCGAUGGCGACGGCGUGCUUAGCUUCGAAGAGUUCAGGACUAUGAUGAUGGGCUGAGGCUGAUGGCUUAGCAGCUGUUGGUUUGUUACUUAUAAUCCUGGUUGGUGGAGAGUACUCGGCCGUAUAAGCUGUAAUUCCUGCGUUCACUGUGCCUGGUCAUUGUAAAUUCAUCCUCAGAAUGAUCAAACGGAUCUGUGCACUUCUUCUUGUCUGUUUGUCAAUGCGAACGUCGUAGUCAGCAGCAACGUUCCAGUGUGGCGAUCAUGCGUGCAGCAGGUGC